AUGGAGGAAUUACCCAUCGAGCCAAAGGGUAUUUUCUGGCAAAACGACUUCAUCACACCAGAGCAUGAGCAAAGGCUCAUCGCAAUCUUCAGAGAGUUAAAGUGGCCCGAUCGCCCUGGUCGCAUAUCUCUCCAUUACGGCUACACAUUCGACUAUAAGACUUUCGGGCUGGAUCCGGACAUCCCAUAUCAGGAGUUCCCCGAAUGGCUCCAGCCACUGAUUCCAACGACAGAGUCUCGCCCACCAGAGCAAGUGUGUCUUCAAUAUUAUCCGCCUGGCGCGGGGAUACCCCCCCACACAGAUGCGCAUAUGGCAUAUGAUCAGCUCUAUGCACUUUCAAUGGGUACGCCGACUAUAAUGCAAUUUCGCCAGGGUGAGAAGCGGAAGGACGUGGAUCUUUUGCCUAGGAGUAUGAUGCAGAUGACGGGUGAUUCGAGGCUGCAUUGGACACAUGGGAUUAAGAAGAGGAAGACUGAUACUUUACCUGAUGGGACGGUGAGGCCAAGGGAAGAAAGGUGGAGUAUUACUUAUCGUUGGAGUAGGGAAGGGGAAUGUGAAUGUGGAGAUCUUGAGUUCUGUGAUGUUGUGCAGAGGCGCAAUGGGGUUGAGAAGGAGAAGAGAUCGGUGAAGGAAUUGUCAGAGGGCAGUUGA